UGGACCUGCCUCCUCAUCACGGUUUAUCGGCUUCCAGAGCUACUCAGCCCCCGGCGCCUAUAAAGUCGGUCUAAAUCUUCAUUCUGCUUGUUCGAUUUUUCCUUACUCUUCUUUCCCCCGUUCAAUUCCUCUUACACUCGAAACUCUUGUGAAAAUUCCCCUCAGGUACCAUCUAAACAAGCCGCAAUGUCGAACCUUGAGCACACCAAGAAAACUUACACCCUCAACACUGGUGAUAAGAUCCCAGCUGUCGGCCUGGGUACAUGGCAGAGUGGACCCAACCAGGUCAGAGAGGCUGUCAAGAAUGCCCUCUUGAAGGGUUACCGCCACAUUGACACUGCCCUUGCUUACGGCAACGAGGCUGAGGUCGGCCAGGGCAUCAAGGACUCUGGUGUCCCUCGCGAGGAGAUCUGGAUCACGACCAAGCUCAACAACACCUGGCACCACCGCGUCGCCGAGGGCAUUGACUCUUCUCUCAAGAGCCUCGGAGUUGACUACGUUGACCUCUAUCUUAUCCACUGGCCUUGCGCCACCGACCCCAAUGACACUUCGAAGCACCUUCCCGACUGGGACUUCAUCAAGACCUGGCAAGAGAUGCAGAAGCUGCCCGCCACCGGCAAGGUCCGUAACAUCGGUGUUUCCAACUUCGGAAUCAAGAACCUUGAGAAGCUUCUGAACGACCCAAGCACCAAGAUCGUUCCGGCCGUCAACCAGAUCGAGUUGCACCCCAACAACCCCUCUCCCAAGCUGGUGGCCUACAACACCUCCAAGGGCAUCCACUCCACCGGCUACUCCUGCCUCGGCUCGACCAACUCUCCUCUCUACAAGGAUAGGACCCUCUUGGACCUCGCCGAGAAGAAGGGCAAGACUCCCCAGCAGGUUCUCCUUGUGUGGGGCUUGAACAAGGGUUGGAGUGUUAUUCCCAAGUCCGUCAGCAAGGAGCGCAUUGAUGCUAACUUCGAGCUCGACGGCUGGGACCUGACCGAGGAGGAGGUCAACCAGCUGGACAACUUGAAGGAUCGCUUCAAGGCAUGCAAGACACUAAGAUCGAAAUUCCCCGAGCAACUUCCUCAGGGCUCGCUUCGACUCCAACCUGAAUAUGUGAGAGUUGCUCACAGACAACCUAUAAACCGAGCGGCUGCUAUUCGUCAAGCCCGUAGUCGUCAAUUCUCGACCCGUGCGGCGGGAUCCUUCGUCUCUUAUCUCCGCAGUGGUCUUCAAGCGGAUCGCGCUGCGACGACGAAGGUAUCGUCUGUUGCAUCCAAUGUUAGCCGGUUGACAACUCGUGCUCCAUUCGCGUCAGCGCUCCGCCCGAACUUGACGGGUGGCACCUUAGGCCGCACGGCUGGAGGCUAUACAAUUGGUGCCGGCCGCAUCGGCGGUGCGCGGUACUUCUCGCAUGGCCCAGCUGCACCUGCUCAAGUCAUUAACAACGUGUCUAUGGGUGUGCGGGCGUUCUUUCUUUCCGGUCAGAAGGCUCGCUUCGAUGGAGUUGACCCUAUCACUGGGAAUAAGCGGUACAAGGCCGUUAGCAAGCUUCAAGACGAGGCUGAGCGGAAGAUGUCUGCCAUCCCUCGUACGGCUCCCGGGUCUUUCAUUGAUUUCCAGAUCGCUCCUACCAUCACCGCCUUUGGCUUGCAGAAGAACCUGGCUGCCACUGGCACCUAUGAUGAUCAGACGCUCAACUCGGAGGGUCUCCUGGAUUUGCUGUCUGCCGAUUUUGCCCGAGCUCUCAAGGAUCUGGCUGUCGUUCUCAACGACUUGAAGCGUCUGAAGACAUUGGGUGACAUGCCCAUUCUGCUACAUGACCGAUCCACGAUCAGAGUGCGUUUCCCAGGGUGCGAUGCUCAAACAGUUGAGCGGCUAUGUGACGAGGCGGGCAUCCAACGAGGGAAGAUCAUGCAAGACGAGGAGUUCGACCUCCAUACGGGUGCUGAUCUUGCCCUUCUGUUCCCGUUUGCUCCCAGCAUCCCGGCGUCUUCAGAGGCGGACGACUACUUCUAUAAGUUUCAGGCCAUGCAGUCCCAGGCUCCGGAACAAGUCGAUUGGCAUGCCAUGAUGUCCCCCGAGAAGCAUAGCGACGCAUCGCCUAGUGUGCACAGACAACCCUCCAACCAGGUCAGCUUCGAGGAUGUGACAAUUUUCGCCGAGAAUCCCUGGGCAUCGCCUUUAUCAGAUUAUUCCAGCAUCAACGUGAGCGAGCUUGGUGAUCAUACCUACUUUCAUGAGACUCUAAGCAGUGGUGUCCCUGUCACCACUUCUGAAUACGACGGAUCGGACGGAAUCCGCAAGUUUAUCGCUGAAUGCGACAGGGCUGCGCGAUUUUGA